UAUAUCGAGCGGUCGCCAUGUCUCCUACUCAGCCAAUAUAUCUUGUCAUGCUGCCGCUUCAAAGGCCACUUGCGUCUUGUCGACGUCGUUGUGUCGCAUCCGACGACUACCUGCAAGUCAAAGAUAGACGAUCAGCGAAGCACACACACUCAAUGCCUUGAGUGAACACAGGCCAAAAGAAUCAUGGACCGAGUGACAGCCGUGCUACUCACCUCAUCCUGAAGUGUAUCUCCGUUGCCGUCCUGCCUGGUCACUUGUGAGUCUAUCUACAGCACGAGCCAUGAUCACCUGCUGGAAGAGGUGCCCCGAUGCCGUUCGCAAUACCCCGUGUUCCGCUCGCGAUUGUCCAUUUAUAAGAAGGAUGGGUUUUCCGUACGUCUCACGGUCCGAAUCCACUCUGGCUGGUCUGGAUAUAGAAUGGCUCGCGUUUGGUCACUGCAGGAGGUCGCAGAACACAACAAUGCCAGCUCCUGCUGGGUAAUCAUAAGCAACAAGGUUUAUGAUGUGACCGAAUUCUUGCCCGAGCACCCAGGGGGGUCCAAGAUAAUUCUCAAAUAUGCUGGCCGCGACGCGACGAAAGCGUACGAACCUAUACAUCCGAAGGAUGCUCUGGACAAGCAUUUGCCUCAAGAGAAACAUUUGGGUCCUCUUGACAGCACCGGGGCUAAGGAGCUACAGGCUACACUAGCGACCCAACCCAAGACACAGGAUGAGAUUCGUGUAGAGAAGGCUCGUGCAAGAAAGAGGCCAAUUAAUCAAAUACUGAGUCUACAAGAUAUGGAAGAUGUUGCACGCGAAGUCUUGCCGUACAAGGCGUGGGCGUUCUAUCGCUCUGCGGGCGACGACGAAAUCACAUACAACGAGAAUAGACGAGCUUUCUCCCGUUUCUUCUUCCACCCUCGCAUCCUUCGGCCAAUCUCGAAGAUUGACACUUCAACUACUAUACUAGGCUUCGACAGUUCGCUCCCAAUAUUCGUGAGUGCUGCCUCGCUGGGCAAGUUGGGGCAUCCUCUCGGCGAAGCAAACAUUACACAUGGGUGCGGCCGAAUGGGCAUCAUUCAAAUGGUGUCCCACUACGCCUCCGUAUCCCGCCCAGAGCUCAUGGCAGCUCGCGUGAACGAAUCUCAACCCCUGUUCUUCCAGCUCUACCCGGACAGGGACAAGAGCGUCUCGGCGAAGGCCAUUCGCGAGGUGGAAGAGCUCGGUUUCAAUGCCAUGUUCAUGACAGUCGACGGGCCUGUCAACGGCAACCGCGAGCGCGACCUAAGGGCGCCUUUCGACCUGGAAGAGCAGGAACGCAUAGUGGAGGAGGCAAAGAAGGCAUCCGGCAAGCCGGGCGAGUCUGGCGAGUUGCCUGAGAGACCUGAGGAUGCUGAUAACAAGCUUGUUGAUGGAGAGCUUGUGCUGGUCGGCACGUCGGGCGGGUUGAGGACCACCGCUGAGCUCGACAUGUCCUGGACGGAUACUCUGCCUUGGCUUCAAAGGACGACCAAGCUUCCCAUCGUCCUCAAAGGCAUCCAAUGCGUCGACGACGCAGUGCGGGCUGCCGAAGCGGGUGUGCAUGGCAUCCUACUAUCCAACCAUGGCGUAGUGCUGUACAGGAUACGCAAGCAAAGGCCAGAUGUGUUCGACAAGCUGGAAGUCUACAUAGACGGCGGUGUCCAUCGUGGAACAGACGUGUUGAAGGCCCUGUGUCUCGGCGCACGAGCAGUCGGACUGGGAAGAGCUUUCCAUUUUGCUAAUAGCGCGUAUGGUGAGGCUGGAGUCAUCCAAACGAUCCGAAUCCUCCAGCGCGAGAUCAUACUAGGAAUGCGUCUUCUCGGCGUCACGAGUGUGCAAGGGCUCACACCGAACCUCGUUGAACGAGUAGACUGGCAGCCCUUGCUGGCUAAGAUGUGAACUUGUGGCCAUCAGGCUGCGACAACAUAGAUAGAAUCAUCCUACUUAGCCUACGAACUGGUGUCGAAACAAUUGCAUAUGUUGGAUACGCUUUCUUCA